GGCUUCAGCGUCCCCCCCCGACACCCACCCCUCUCCUCUUGCAGCUUGAUCCUCUGUGAAGCGGCCGGUGGGCCCACUCCGAGCCCAGCACCAUGAACAUCUUUGACCGAAAUAUCAACUUUGACGCCCUCUUCAAGUUCUCCCACAUCUCGGCCUCCACCCAGGAACACCUGAAGAGGGUCUACGCCAGCUUCGCCCUCUGCAUGUUUGUGGCGGCCGCAGGGGCCUAUGUCAAUGUGGUGACCCACCUCUUCCAGUUCAGCUUCCUGACCGGCCUGGGUGCCCUGGGGCUGAUGGUCUGGCUGACGGCCACCCCGCACAGCCGGGAGACAGAGCAGAAGAGGCUGGGGAUGCUGGCUGGCUUCGCCUUCCUGACAGGCACCAACCUGGGGCCCCUCCUGGAAAUAUGCAUCUCCAUCAACCCCAGUCCCUACCUUUUCCCUGCAGGUUUCCUGCUCUCCGGCCUCACCCUGAUGCUCCUCUCCUCUGUGGUUAACGCCUUCAUGGGAUCCACUUGGCUCUUCACGGCCAACCUCUACCUGGGGCUGAUGAUCAUGUGUGGCUUCGUGCUGUUUGACACACAGCUCAUCAUCGAGAAGGCAGAGAGCGGGGACAAGGAUUACAUCUGGCACUGCGUCGAUCUCUUCAUUGACUUUGCCAACAUCUUCCGGAAGCUCCUGCUGAUCCUGGGCAUGACCGAGAACAAGAAGAAGGAGAAGAAGUGAAGCAGCUCCAGGCCGAGGUGGAGCUGUCCCUGUCCAGUCUCUGUCCCCACCCUCUCCCCAUCCCUUCUCUGGUUCAUUAAAGGGGUUGCCCUUUGCUGCUGAUGAGAAGCAGCCCAGAA